AAGCGACACUCCGCACGUUUCGCUAUGUCUUUCGCCAGUGCCUAUCAACCAUCACCAUGCUCGCUCUUUUAUCCUUUGUCGCUGUGGCCUCGGCUGCUGCGUGCACACCCACAUACAAUUCCCGUCCUACUGCCAUAAUCGACUCUGGUGCGAUUGUCGGAACAACGACUGAGAUUGCCCUUCCCUCCGCAACUGCCACAGUGAACAAGUUCCUCGGUAUCCCGUUCGCCGAGAAACCGGAGCGCUUUCGCCUGCCAGCACCCGUCAAGCCCUGGGCCAAUCCCCGCGACGCUUCGCAAUACGGCCCAGCAUGUUUCCAACAGAUUAGCGAGACAACCGCUCAGUUCUAUGAAGGAGUUGGCCUGGGGGUAGUUCCCAAUGGAGAGAGCGAGGACUGUCUGAACCUCAAUGUAUACGCGCCCUCAACCGCAUCUGCCGGGUCAAAGGCCGUCCUCGUUUGGAUAUAUGGGGGCAGCUGGCAGAACGGAGCAAACUCGCUGCCGCUCUAUGACGGCUCAAAGGUUGUUGCGAACCAAGACGUGGUGCUUGUUAGCAUCAACUAUCGGACGAAUGUGUUUGGCUUUCCAGCUGAUGAAAGCAUUCCUCUUGAGGAGCGGAAUCUUGCGCUCCAUGACACUCGCCUGGCCCUAGACUGGGUUCAGCGGAACAUCGCAUACCUCGGCGGCGAUCCCCGUAGUGUGACCAUUGUCGGCGAAAGUGGCGGUUCAUCCACUGUCGAUACUCUGCUCACCGCACCUCCCAACCCCCUCCCCUUCCACGCAGCGAUUAUGACCUCAAGCCAGAUCUCCGUUCCAGCAAGCCCUCAAACCCCAGGUGCCUAUAUCGCCGCCUGGAAGGCCCUCGCCGAACUCGGCGGCUGCCCCAAUCCAGAUGCAGCAUUCGACUGUCUAUCGGAGUACCCGGCCCAAGACCUCGUCGACCUCAUCACAAAUAACUCAAUCAGCUUCAACGGGUUCCCCGACGGCGGCGUAACCUGGGCCAACAACCCACGGCUCGACCGCCUCGCCGGGAAAUCAGCACGAGUCCCCGUGUUAAUCGGCACAACGGCCGACGAAGCCAGCCCAUUCGUAAUUGGCCUCAAUGAUACGCGCGCAGCACUCGCAUCGAUAAACCUCGGCGACUUUGCCGACCUUAUAAUCAAAGCCUACCCGCUCGGGACACCCGGGAUCCUAACCGAGGGCGCACGCAUCAGCCGCAUCGCCACGGAAUUCCUGAUGCAGUGCAACACGCACGUCCACGCAAACGACACCAAGCGCGCGGGACUCGACUCCUGGCGGUUCUACUUCAACGCCUCCUUCCCGAAUACCGAGUUUCUGCCCGGAGUGGGCGCCUACCACGCGUCGGAAAUCGCCUUCUUCUUCGGCACAUACCGCGCCGAAGGCGCAACGCCGUUCCAAGCCGAGCUCAGCAACGCCCUCCAAACGGCCUACGCAGACUUUGCCAAGAACCCCACCGCUGGACCCGGGUGGCCCCAGGUCCCGACGAUUGGGGUCUUUGGGAACGGGGUGAGGCCCGGUGUUGAUGAGGAGGGGCUGCAGGCUCUCACGACGAUUCCGUCCGAGGUUCUGGAUGUCCGGUGUCCGUUGUAUUACCCGGUUUAUGAUACGCUCUCGUUGACGCCCUGGGACGAGCAGCUCGCUGCGCAGAACGAGACGGGGCCGAGUGUUGACUCGGGGAUUCCCUUCUAAAUGUGUGUGAGGCUGUGAGGUGUGACUGUGUGAGGGUAAGUGAAGGGUUUGGGUUGAAUCGAUUCGAUGUACCACAUAAACAGUACUAGAACUACCUUUCGUGUCUAUACAUUCAACUUAUAUUUUAUUGAUUAUAUGGGAUCUAUCUUAUUCUCGCCGUCUCUUCAGGGCGCUGCACCGGCUGUGUAGCUAG